ACGAGAUGAGCAGCGCCGGAGCCGCUGCAAGAUGCUGGAUGGACACGUCCUGCUGGGAUGGCUCUUCUCCUGCGCGCUCCUAGGGCUGCUCGCCUGCACCCCGCGGCCCUCCGCCGCCUACUUCGGGCUGACGGGGAACGAACCCCUGACCAUCCUCCCUCUGACCUCGGAAAUGGAGGAAGCUGCCAUCAAAGCUCACUACAAAGUCUGUGACCGCCUGAAGCUGGAGAAGAAGCAGCGCAGGAUGUGCCGGCGGGACCCCGGCGUGGCCGAGACCCUGAUGGAAGCCAUCAGCAUGAGCGCGCUGGAGUGCCAGUACCAGUUCCGCUUCGAGCGCUGGAACUGCACCCUCGAGGGGCGCUACCGAGCCAGCUUGCUAAAGAGAGGUUUCAAGGAGACAGCCUUCCUGUACGCCAUCUCCUCGGCGGGGCUGACGCACGCCAUGGCCAAGGCGUGCAGCGCGGGGCGCAUGGAGCGCUGCACCUGCGACGAGGCCCCGGACCUGGAGAACCGCGAGGCCUGGCAGUGGGGCGGCUGCGGCGACAACCUCAAGUACAGCAACAAGUUCGUCAAGGAGUUCCUGGGGAGGAAGCCCAACAAGGACCUGCGAGCCAGGGUGGACUUCCACAAUAACCUCGUGGGCAUGAAGGUCAUCAAAGCUGGAGUGGAGACAACCUGCAAAUGCCACGGCGUGUCUGGAUCCUGCACUGUCAGAACGUGCUGGAGGCAGCUCUCUCCCUUCCACGAAAUCGGGAAGCAGCUGAAGCAGAAGUACGAGACCUCGCUCAAAGUGGGCAGCACCACCAACGAGGCCACGGGAGAAGGCGACAUCUCCCCGCCCAAGAAGUCCAUCCCUGGUCACAGUGAUCAGAUCCCAAGGACUACGGAUCUCGUCUACAUUGACGAUUCCCCCAGCUUCUGCAUGAUGAGCAGAUACUCCCCCGGGACUUCGGGCAGGAAAUGUUACAAGGACAAGAACUGCGACAGCAUCUGCUGCGGGCGAGGGCACAACACGCAGAGCCGCGUGGUCACCCGCCCCUGCCAGUGCCAGGUCCGCUGGUGCUGCUAUGUGGAAUGCAAGCAGUGCACCCAGAGAGAAGAGGUUUACACCUGCAAAGACUGACGGGUCUCGAUGGCAACCCUGGGUGACGGGCACUGGUGGUCUAUGAGAACUACACUAUGGAGACAAACAGGGUUUGAUCGACCUUCUGGGAUCUGGAAGCUAUGUUGAGACAUAAGCACUUUGUAGGGUACAGGUGACCCAGCUGUGUUGCUGUUUUGGGGCUUUUUGUUUGUUUGUUUUGUUUUGUUUUGUUUUGUUUUCCUGCAGACUGAAUUUUAAUGAGGUCCAACCAUGUGGAAAUAAGUGCCUGUCACACUGGGGUUAGACACCAGGUGACCUUCACCUUCGUCAUCUGCACAGUUCGACAGAUUGUAGAACUCUGGAACAUCUUUAUUGCUUCACCGAUCCUCCGUGAACUCCUGGGGCUAAUAUAUUCUCCUUCUCCACUACCUGACUCCUGAAAAUCACCCAACUGCUUAAAGAGAGCUGAGCAGAUGCAAAAGAAAGACCUUUCUGCUUUGAA